UGUUCACCGGCUUCGCUAAAGUAUAGCACGAGUGUAGUGUCAGUAUAUCGAGAGUCUUUGUGAAAUUGUGGUUUUUUUUUGCAAAUUCUAUUACCUUUAAUUUGCAGAACUUCUGUAUAUUUUAGAUAUCCAAUAUGUUUAAAAGAAGACUACAAGCACUCGGAUAUUUAGAAUGGGACAAAGUUAAUAUAAAUGAUCCACAACAUUUUCGUAAAGUAACAUUAUGGUUAGAGGAACAAAAGAUACGUCAGUAUAGUAUACAAGAUCGAAAAGAGCUACGCGAUAUAAAAAGUGAAAGUUGGCCUAAAACUUUUGCCAAAUACUGUGAGGAUGUUAAAUGUCCAGUUUCAAGUAACAACAUGGAUCAACUUGAAUGGCUAAUUGGACGUGCUAUUUGGUUGGAGGCAGAGAAUAAUACUGAGCAGUAUUCGAUAAAUGUAAAAGAAAUGAAAUUGAAAAUGAAACAGGAAGCACUGGUGCCACAUCUUAAGUCCACAAAUCCACUUGACAACCUAGACUUUGAAAGUAAUGAAUUUAAAAAUGGGGUCUAUUCUGUGGCAAAACUGCUCCGAAUUCCGCAACAUCCGAAUCAUUUGGUCACGUUAAAAGCUUGCAGUAAACUAGUACAAAGAAGAUUAAAUUCCGAAUGCUUAAGGAAUCCAAAUUCCAAAAUUAUUCGAGGCAAACCCUUCCCUAUUAUGAAUUGUGAUCCUGGUUUUCAACUGAAGAAGACCGCAGUGGAGAAUGCAGCUAAAAUCCUUGCUCUUCUUUAUAUCCAAGAUAUUAGAAAUCUGCAAACAAAAAUUAAUGAAGUGAUUGUUCGUGUGCAGAGUGUCACAGCUAAUCCUAAGACAGAUACCAAGUUAGGAAAAGUUGGUAAAUAAGGAAUUAUUUAUUCCGCCAAUAAGGCCAUCUGUUAUAUUACUUUAUGGCGUAUCUCAGAUAUGAUAAAAAUAUUAAACGAAAUCUCGAGAAGUUUCGACAAAAAUACAUUAUUUAUUUAUCUUAGAUUCAAGGUUAUUGUAACGUGUGGUAUAGUCAAGAGAUGGUAAUUAUUUAUUAAAAUAGUUACGAAAAUUAGUUUCGUUUAAACAUGUACUCUAUACCUUCUAUAGGAUACUUUACAGAAAAUCGAAAUACUUGAAUUAUUUUAUUACAUAGCCUUAUGUAUAUCUUUUCAUCAUAGUUAUAUUAUCUAAUUGGUAUAAAUAAAAAUCAAAUCAGUAUGAUAGGAAGGCAAUCAUAACAAAGAAUAUUACAUUUUGUUGCAAAAAAAUGUUAAUUCACUCAGCUCAAAUGUAAAUUUAAUUGUAGAUUAGUAACAAGUGAAGUGUAAACAUUUUGGUUUUAUAUACUUGUAUAAGUGAAUAGUUUACUUUAUUGAGAAAAACCUAAGAUUCAGGUAUUUUGACAAUAUUUAUUAAGUAGGAAAUUAUUAUAAUCUUCGAAUAAUUCUUAAAUGUAUAUAUAUUUAUAAAACUGAUUAAUAAAGUAUUUCAAUAUCAAUCGCUA